CUGUCCUGCUCUUCUCUGCAUUCACAACUAUGAGAGGACUGUAGCGCGGACUUCAGUCGACAUGGACAACCAACUGAAACACAUCCAGUUUUGGUGUUUACUGGGACUUUUGAAAUUCGCACCAUUGACAGUGGGGUUUAGCUUCGACGUUCGCUAUCCCAGAACAUUAAGUGUCUCGGACUCGGAGGCAGCAGGUUCCCAUUUCGGUUAUCGCGUCUGUCAGUUUGGACCGACGCAGGGAGACAACAGUGUGUUGGUCACAGCUCCUCUUCAAGACAAUGGGACAGGAGUGGUUUACAGAUGUUCUUAUGACAGUGCCACUUGUAAAGCUUUACCUGUACAAGUGGAGCCAGGAGUUUCAUUAGGAUUGUCCCUAGCUUGUAAUGCUGACAGAGCUACGGUGUGUGGACCACGUUGGAUCCAUGGCUGUGAUACUCUAAACUACCUCCAAGGACUUUGUGUUGAGCUUGGGCCACAGCUUACGGUCUCACAAACACUGAAGCCUGCCUUUCAAGAGUGCCGUGAGUUUGGCUUGGAUGCAGUGAUUCUGUUUGACGGAUCUCAGAGUAUCAUAACCAGAGACUUUGUCACCAUGAUCGACUUCAUCAAAAACAUUAUUCGGAUGUUCACUGCCCCCCGUGCACAGGUGGCAGUGGCUCAGUAUUCCACAGACACCCGUGCUGUCUUCCACUUUGUGGACUUUGUGUCUGACCCUAACCCUGACAACCUGAUGGGAUCCGUGGACCAUUUCCAGGAGGCGACAUACACCCCGUCAGCCAUCCGCUAUGUUCUAGAAGAGAUGAUGACAGAAGAACAGGGGAUGAGGAAACGUUCCAGGAAGCUGUUGGUUGUGAUAACAGACGGCAAAUCUAACGACCCCAAAGAGACCUUUAACUCUGUCAUACCAUUGGCCGAGAUGAUGGCCGUCACCAGAUUUGCCAUUGGGGUUGGGAAGCAGUUCUCUAGACUAGAGCUUGAGCAGAUUGCGUCUUCCCCGAACUUUGUAUUUGAGACAAACAGUUUUGAUGCUCUGAAAUCCAUUCAGAAGGAGCUUAGGGAGAAGAUCUUUGCAAUUGAAGGAACUAACUCGACCAACUCCAGUUCUUUUGAACAGGAACUGUCCCAGGGAGGCUUUAGUACCACUCUCUCUGGGGAUGUCUCUCUGUUUGGGGCAGUAGGGUCGUACUCGUGGUCCGGGGGCAUUGUGGAGGCAGCCAGAGGGAUGAAUGCCACGUUCAUCAAUGCCUCUGCACUGGAGACAGAAAUGCAGGACUCCUAUCUGGGUUACUCAGUGGCAGUGGCAGAGACAGUGAAUGGCAGUAUAUAUUUUGCUGGAGCUCCCAGGUUCAACCACACUGGGCUGGUCCUGGUCUUCCAGAGGGACCCUCUCCAUCAGGAGUGGACUGUCACCCACAGGAUACCCGGAUCUCAGUUUGGUUCCUACUUCGGGGCAGAGCUGUGUGUGUUAGAGAGCCAUGCUGGGCCAGGGGAGGGCCGUGCUGGGCUGCUACUGGUUGGGGCUCCUUGGUAUCACGCCCAGGAUGUUGGGGGAGAGGUCCAUGUCUGUACCCUGGAGACUGGAACACCCAACUGCUCCCUCACCCUGCGUGGAGUCCAGGGGAAUGUCCAUGGUCAGUUUGGGACGUCUCUGUCUGCCUGUCCAGACCUGAACGGGGACGGGGUGCCGGAGCUGGCUGUAGGAGCCCCACUGGAGAACAGAGGACAGGGGAGUGUUUACAUCUUCCUGGGACGCCCUUGGGGCAUACAGGCCAAAUACAGUCAGAGGAUCCAGGGGGUAAGAGGUGACAGAGGGCUGCAGUUCUUUGGGGUUUCGGUGCACUCUGCUGGGGAUCUGAAUUCAGACGGACUGGCUGAUAUGGUGGUGGGAGCUAAAGGAGCCGCUUUCAUACUGAGGUCCCAGCCAGUGAUGCGUGUGUUGGUGUCUGUCACCAUGGACCCACCCGUGAUCUCCCAGAACUCCUUCCACUGUGCUGUCCCCAUGGCCCUUAACACUCCCGUAACCACAGCCAUUCUGUGUGUCACUGUCACUGGGGCCCACGUGGGAAACAUACAGGCUUCUCUCCAGGCGUCAGUGUCUUUGACUGUGGAUCUACUGGAGGACCAGACCAGGACCAGGCCAGCCCGUCUGCUCUUCUACCCCAGAUCAACAUCCUCCAGCUGGAAUAUGACGGUUACAGGCACUGCCUGCCACAACUUCUCCCUCAGUAUCCCGGAGUGUAUAUCAGACUACCGUGAGGUGCCUCUGUCUGUUCAAAUGGCUGUGGAGGGCCUGGAAGUACCAGGGACAGGAGGACUGAAGUCAGUCCUGAGCCCAGACAACCCAACCUCCUUUGCACACAUGAUCUUGCUGGAGAAGGUUUGUGGCGAGGACCAUGUGUGUGUCUCUGACUUAUCUGUCAACUUCACCAGUCCAGAGGUGGUGUGUAGCCAAGGUUUCCCAGUAGAAAUGUCUGUAGAGGUGGCUAACAGUGGAGAGGAUUCCUCUGAGGCUGAGCUGACACUGGUCCACCCCUCCUCCAUAUCCUUUGUUCGUGCCAAACGGCCAUCAGGACCAGGCCAGGUGGCUGUUUGGUGUGUGUCCAACACUACAGGACUAGGAAACCUCACACACACAGUGUGUCCCCUCAGCUCUACUGUCCUGAGACAGGGGGCACGGGUGACAGUGUUGAUGUCAUUCACAGUGUUUGAACCGUCCUGUUUGAGAGAAAGACUGGCUUUGAAUGUGUCUGUUAUUACUGACAAUGAAGGACAGGGAACCCUUCAGGAUAACUAUGCAAGCUCCUCUGUAGAUGUUAAACUUCCUAUCAAUAUUGUUGUGAAAGGAGGAGACUCCUCCCUAUAUGUAACUUUCCCAGACAACAAGCUUCUGGAGCACAUAUACAUGGUGGAGAAUAUAGGACAUGUGGCAGCACCGGUCAAUGUUACAUUUGUGAUUCCAGUGGAGUUGGACUCUGGUUACCUGUGGAAUGUGUCUCUUCCUCAAACAGAUAACAGCAGAGGAAAGUGUGAGAGGAAGGAGGUAUUCUCUAAAAAGGAAAACAGCACUCUGUUUUAUCAGCACUGUAGUGGGGUCAUCUGUCAUCUGGUUGGCUGCACUAUAGGACUGUCAGCCAACAAUCAGCCAACCAUCUUCAAGUUUGUUGGGAAUAUCAGUCGAAACUCUGAGGGUUCAGCGGUGCAGGUGGAGGUGGUCAGUUGGGGCUCGCUGUCCUUCGACCAGAGUGUCUACUCCCAAUAUCCUGCCCUUGGUUCUCAGAGUGUGAAGAUUCUGUCCAUUCUGGAGACAACGCCUGAAUCCCGCACUGCCCUCAUUGCUUCCCUCAGUGUUGUGUUUUCACUGUUGCUACUGGCGAUAGUCUCUGGGGUUCUCUACAAGAAAGGGUUUUUCAAGAGCAGCAGAACGCCCUCUGGUGGUGUAGAUUAUAGUGCAGCUGUUCCUGGAUGGACUGCUGACAAUGCAGCCCAUGAUGAUGACCAUGGUCUGACCGCUGAUAUUACCUCACUGAGGGAGACCACCCUGUAGCAGUAUUCUGAGCUGACCAACUCAGUCACCCUAGCCUUUCUGAUACCUCUGUCAGACACCAUGCCUACAUUACGAUUCUCUCCCAAAGUGUGCACUCAUACAUCUCGAAGUGUGCACUAUUAUUUAAAAGGAAUGGACUGAUAUGAGGAAUAUGGUGGAAACUCCCUCCAGUGGCAUUCAGGGCAGAGCCUGUUUUGCAUGUUAUUUUGGCAUUAA